GCUCACCCCCACGCUAACACCAGUCUCAGAGUUGGCUGCUCUCUCUGCACCCUCUCUCUCUCUAACUCUUUCUCUCUCUAAAAAAAAGCAAAGCAGAGAGAGACGAGGAGCCAUUAUAACCAGAGGGCCGAGAAAACCAGAGACCCAAAACCAGGCAUUAGCCAUUUAAAGCAGAAAGGGAAGCUUUUUAGAGGGGUCCUCUCCAUGCCUUCUCAGAAGCAGAACCAGUUAUAAAAGGCCCCAACUUGCUCAGUGGAGAUUCAGAAUUGCAGGGAUAGAAACAAAUCAAAAGAGGAGUUAGACAGGGAAACAUAGCUAUAUUUGGAGAGAGAAAGAGCUGUACAAAGAUUCGCCCUUCAAAACUGCCGUUGAAUGAGUUUUUGCUAGAUUUAGAGGAGAAAUUUAUUGCUGUUUAUCUUCUCUCUAAUUUUGGGGGAAGCUUUCAGCUUUAAGGCUCUGCCAAUGGCAAUGUGAUCGAAUGGAGUGUUGUUUCUCUCUCUAUCUCUGACACUCCAUUGCGUAAUUGAGCAGCAAAUUCUGCAAAGUGGUGGUGGUGGUGAUGGUGGGUCAUUUCUCUCUCUCUCUACCCUUUAAAUCCUCAUAGAUCUGACCCAUUCUUGAGGCAUUGCUCCAAGUCACUCCCUCUUUCCUCUCUCUCUAGAUUCAGGCCAAAAAAAGCAGGGGAGAGAGAAAAUUGUCACACCCCAUUUCUCUGUUUCUCUCUCUAGUUUCAGGCCAAUAGAACAGGGGAGGGAGAAAAUUCUCGACGAUCCAUCUCUCUGUUUCUCUCUCUAGCUCCAAAUGGACCGGCUUUCACGGACCGGCCUCUUACCAGAGGCUUUUCAAGGAACAGGAGAUGACAUUACUGAUCAAAUGGCCAUUAUUUGGCAACAGAUCAGAGCUCCAUUGAUUGUUCCUCUGCUAAAAUUAGCAGUGUUCUUGUGCUUAAUCAUGUCUCUGAUGCUUUUCAUGGAGAGAGUUUAUAUGGCAGUGGUUAUAGUGCUUGUUAAACUCUUUGGUAAAAAACCAGGGAAGCGUUACAAAUGGGAAGCCAUUAAAGAUGAUUUGGAGCUCGGCAAUGCGAAUUAUCCCAUGGUUCUGGUUCAGAUCCCUAUGUACAAUGAGAAAGAGGUUUACCAACUGUCUAUUGGAGCUGCAUGUGGGCUUUCAUGGCCGUCGGAUCGCAUCAUCAUUCAAGUGCUGGAUGAUUCUACUGAUCCAACGAUCAAGGAUCUUGUGGAGCUAGAGUGCCAGAGGUGGGCAAGCAAAGGGAUCAAUAUAAAGUAUGAGAUCAGAGACAACAGGAACGGUUACAAAGCUGGAGCUCUCAAAGAAGGAAUGAAGCAUGGCUAUGUGCGAGACUGCGACUACGUCGCCAUUUUUGAUGCCGAUUUCCAACCUGAACCAGAUUUCCUCUGGAGAACAAUCCCUUUCUUGAUUCACAAUCCAGAGAUUGGCCUUGUUCAGGCUCGAUGGAAAUUCGUGAAUUCGGACGAAUGUUUGAUGACAAGGAUGCAAGAGAUGUCUCUCGACUACCAUUUUACAGUGGAGCAGGAAGUGGGUUCUUCCACCUACGCAUUCUUUGGCUUCAAUGGGACUGCUGGUGUAUGGAGAAUUGCUGCUCUGAAUGAGGCAGGAGGCUGGAAAGAUAGGACCACAGUGGAGGACAUGGAUUUGGCUGUGAGAGCUAGUCUCAAAGGCUGGAAAUUUGUCUAUUUGGGAGACCUCAAGGUGAAGAACGAGUUGCCAAGUACCUUCAAAGCAUACAGGUACCAGCAACAUAGGUGGUCCUGUGGUCCUGCUAACCUCUUUAGGAAGAUGGCCAUGGAGAUCUUCAGGAACAAGAGAGUGUCUCUUUGGAAGAAGAUUCAUGUCAUUUAUAACUUCUUCUUCGUGAGAAAGAUCGUGGCUCACAUUGUCACCUUCGUGUUCUACUGUGUGGUGAUCCCGGCCACUGUUCUUGUCCCUGAAGUUGAAAUCCCAAAGUGGGGAGCUGUUUAUAUCCCUUCCACCAUUACCAUCCUUAAUGCAUUGAGCAGCCCAAGGUCUCUUCACUUGGUGGUUUUCUGGAUCCUCUUCGAGAAUGUGAUGUCUCUACACCGAACAAAGGCAACCUUUAUCGGUUUGGCUGAAGCAAGGAGAGUUAAUGAAUGGGUUGUGACCGAAAAGCUUGGAGAUGCUCUAAAAGGCAAAGCGGGGGGCAAAUCAGUUAAAAAAUUCUGGAUCAGAAUAGGCGGCAAGUUGCAUCUCUUGGAAUUGGGAGUGGGAGCCUAUCUCUUCUUCUGUGCAUGCUAUGACCUAGCCUUCGGAAAGAACCACUACUUCAUCUAUCUCUACCUUCAAGCUAUGGCCUUCUUCAUCAUGGGCUUUGGCUAUAUCGGCACCUUUGUUCCUCACUCUUAGGCAGCCGUGAUAUCUCUCUGCGUCGACUUUUGUGCUUCUCAUUGUCAGUUCACAUUUGUUCAGUUUCUUUCUCAUCCAAGAAGAUGCAUAAGUGCAAAGAACACUCAAAUUCUUUAUGAUGGGAGAAGCAUCAAGAAGAAGAAUUCCUUCCCCCAGAGCCAUAAGACUCUGUGAAUACCAUUUCUUGGUUUAUUCUACAGUCAUUUAUAGAGAGGCUUCCAUCUCAGUAGCCUAGUUUGUUUGAAUUUUCAGUAUAUACACAGAAAAAGAGAGAAAAAUAUGUAUUAUUGGAACUCUGAUGUAAAGAAAGAAGAGUAGUUUUGGUGAAUGGGAUUUGUAAUUGUGAGUGACUCUGUUUUUUUGGGUAGUUUGUAAGAGGUGAAAAUAAGAAAAGCUUGGAUGCAUAAAGGAGGGCCAAUUUGUAUCUCUUUCCUAGUAGUCAUAGGAGUAGAAUAAUGGUUUAUAUGGUAUCUUUGCAGGGCGGUCCAAAGUAUUCUUUUGUACUCUGUCCCUCCUUCAAUUCAUCUCCAUUUGGGUUCAAUAAAGGAGAAGCCUGUUUUCUAUGUA